AUGUCCCCUAUCCAUGAACAUGCAAGAGCUAAUAAGAAAUUUAUCAAACAAAAGCAAAAUUUAAACAAGAAAGUAUCUUCAUUUCUAUGGCUGUCAUCUCAUCAAAAACCGAUUUCCAAACAACAAAUAGGGUCAAAGCAAUUGGAAUCUGUAGUUGUGAUUGAUAAAGAUCCUCCUGUACCAGAUAUUAUUGAUCAUAACUUAAACGGAUUGACCAAUGGAGAAAAGAUUACAUACUUGGAUGAUAAACGUCUUGCAAAGGAUUUCAAAAUCGGAAUUUUAACUUUGUUGCAUAGACCAAAACAUCGAUCCAAGGAUAAAAUAUCAAUGGAAGAAAUAAUCCUCGUUAUGCCAUCUCUCAAACAAAAAGUUAAAACCUAUCGACCAACGUUCAUAUGCUUUAAUGGUAUGGCCGCUUAUGAAGCAUUUAUGGAACAUGAAUUUCGUUCCACAAUGAAUUUAAAAGAUUCGCAAAUGAAUGUGAAGAAUAAAUGGAAAUUUGGAUUACAACCCAAUGUUAUCUAUUGGGAUACCAAAUCAUCAUCGAGUUAUAAAAAUUCUCGAAAUAAUGCGGAUUUAUCAAAUCAAGCUGCAUCAGGAUAUACAAAAAUAUUUGUAAGCAUGUCAACAAGUGGUCGCGUUAUGAAAGAUCAACGAGAAGAACAAAUCAAAUAUUUUAAGGAAUUAAAGGUUCUUUUAAAUAUUGAAAGUGAAAUACAACAUGGUUCAGAGCUUCCUGAAGUUACCGUAGUAUCAGAUCAAAGGAAUAGUAAUCAAGGUAUAAAGGCGAGUAAUUUUAACUCAUUAAAGAAUAUUAAUGAUGUCAAAACUAGUUGCUACUCUGAUAAAGUUGAAGAUGAAAUCAUUAAAAUGAUUCAGGAUUUCCAAAAUGAAUUUGAAAUGGAUUAUUGCGUCUCAUAUUUUUUAGAUGACCAAAUUAUAUGGAAUGACGUUGAUAACGUUCCUUGGGGUAAACAAGGAGGAAUAAAGUGGUAUUCUAAGCAAGGUGAUAAUAAAGAACAAUGUGAUCAAGAUUUUAUUCCACCUAAAUCGUUUAAGGCUGUAAAGUGGUAA